CAUGCAGACGGGUCGCUCCCCCUGUGCCAAGGCAGCUGCCUUGUGCCACGGGGGCGGGGACUGAAGCACCUGAGGGUGAAUUUACCUGAUCAGUGGCUGUGGGCCUGGCGUGGGCUCCGUGCCCCUCCCAGAGCUGGGGGUGCUGAUCGUUUUCUCUCCCCAGGGAUCCGCUGCUGGGACAUCGACCUCGCCUCCUGCAACCUAGACGAGCAGCUGAAGCUCUUUGUGUCGCGCCACUCGGCCACCUUCUCCAGCAUCGUGAAAGGUCAGCGGACCCUCCACCACCGGGGAGAUGUCCUGGAGACCCUGGUGCUGCUCAACCCGUCGGAUAAGUCCCUGUGUGACGAGCUGCGGAACCUGAUCACGGACGUGUCCCAGCACAAGCUGCUGGUGUUCGCUGGCCCCUGCGUGGAGGAGACGGGGGAGCUGAUGCUGCAGACCGGCUGGGUCUCUCUGCGGGGCAAAGGGGAAGGUCUCAGCUCGGAGACUCACCUGGGCGACGGGGAAGCGAUGGGCCCAGCGAUGCUGCGGUGCCGUGGGACAGCAGCCUUCCCUGUGCUGGUGAAUGAGGGCGCUGGUGCGGCACCUGGACCGGAUCGACUCCGUCCUGGUGACGACCUGCUGGAGCCCCCGACCAUGGUGGGCUUCCUGAAGCUCUCCAAGCCCUGCUGCUACGUCUUCCCGGGCGGGAGAGGGGACGCGGCCUUCUUUGCCGUCAACGGCUUCAACGUCCUGGUGAACGGGGGCUCCAACCCCAAAUCCUCUUUCUGGAAGCUGGUGCGGCACCUGGACCGGAUCGACUCCGUCCUGGUGACCCACGUCGGCACCGACAGCCUGCCAGGGGGGAAGGUGGCCGAGCUGGAGGAGGAGCCUUCCUCGCAGGGCUCUCAGAGCAACGGGGACUGGGUGAAGAACCUCAUCUCCCCCGAGCUGGGAGUCGUGUUCCUCAACGCCUCCGAGAAGCUGAAGGACAUCGAGGGUGACUCCCGGGUGCUGAAGAGCUGCGACGAAGCCAGCCUGACCCUGCGCUACCUGGAGAAGCUGGGCAUCCGACCCAGCCCGCUCUGCGGGGACGGUGGCGCCAAGGUGGAGCCCAUGGUGCUGUUCCAGAAGAUGGGCGUGGGCAGGCUGGACAUGUACGUGCUCAACCCGGUGCGGGGCAGCAAGGAGCUGGAGUUCCUGCUGCAGCACUGGCCGGCGCUGCCCCUGCAGUGCCUGACCUCCGUCUGCGCCCUGCUGGUCUGGCAUCCCGCCAGCCCCCUGGAGAAGAUCAUCCGGGUUCUGUUCCCGGGCUGCACCCCACAGGGCAGGGUCCUGGAGGGGCUGGAGAAGGUGAAGCACCUGGAGUUCCUGAAGCGCCCGGUGGUCACGGAGAAGGACUUGAAGGGCCUGGCCACCCCCCGAGCGGAGAAGCAACUGGCGCAGAAGAGGGCAGAAAGCAAGGAGAGCCUCAAGUCGGCCUCCAAGGAGAGCCUCCGGUCGGCCUCCAAGCUGAGCCUGGCGGAUGCUGUGUCCCCGGCUCCCAAGGAGAAAGCCCUCAAGGCGGAGAAGAGGGAGGCGAAGCCAGCGCCCAAGGAAAAGGCCAGAGGGCUGGGGGAGGGGGUCAAGGCGGGGCCGGAGGAGGAGAGGGCCAAGGAGACCAGAGCCAAGCCGGACCCUUCCGGUGAGAAGCUCAAACGGGACGGGAGGCCCAAGCUGAGCAAGGAGAAAGCCGUGUCCAAGGAGGAGAGGCCCCUGAGGAAGGAGGACAGUGCGGAGGGGAAGGCUGGGAAGAGGGAGGGGAGAGUGGAGCUGCCGCGGAAGGAUGCCGCUGAGGGGAAGGCCACCAAGACGCCUGCCCGCAAACCGCCUGGGCCAGAGCCCCGCAAGCUGGCCCCCAGUGCAGGCAGCCUGAAGAAACCCCCUCUCAAGAAGGAAGCGGACAGGCCCAAGGCCAAGGGGGCCAAGGAGGCAGGGGCGGCCGGCAAGAAGCCCCCGGGGCCCGAGGCUGCGGCCGGCCCUUGCCGGGGACCGGGGAGACGACCCCGGAGGGCCAGCUGCCGGCACGGCGUUCCUGGCUGGAGCCCGGGCCCUGCCCUGAGUCUCCCAUCUCGCCUUGUCAUUCCAGGCUCCAAGGCUGCUCCCGGGCCACCCAUCUACCUGGACCUGGCCUACAUCCCCAGCUCCUGGAGCGCUAGGACGGUGGACGAGGAGUUCUUCCGGCGGGUCCGCUCCCUCUGCUACGUCAUCAGCGGGGACGACCACAUCAAGGAGGGCGUCAUGCGCCCCAUCCUGGAUGCGCUGCUGGCUGGCAAACACCAGUGGGCGAGUGAUGUCCAGGUGACCCUGAUCCCGACCUUCGACUCGCUAGUGAUGCACGAGUGGUACCAGGAAACCCACGACCGCCAGCAGGAGCUGGGCAUCACGGUGCUGGGCAGCAACAGCACGGUGGCCAUGCAGGACGAGACCUUCCCGGCGUGCAAAGUGGAGUUCUGAAGGCAGCCUGCAGCCAGGCCCUCGCACGUCGCACCCAAGGGCGAGGGCUCCCCCUGCAGGACCGGCUGAGGCCACGCUGGCCACGCGUGAUGGGAAGAGGCCCUCUGUGGCCAGCUCCCUGCAGCGGGACAGGACUUUCUCUGGACAGGGUCACACUGAACGUGGUCUCUCCCGUCCUGUGCGCCACACGCGCUCACCAGCUGGCUGUUGCAUGCACACAGGGCCCGGUCUCUUGCUGUGUGUCCCUACGGGGAGGGGGUCUGGCUCCUGGAUUGGCAGCAUCUGGCUGAGGCGUGGAGUUGGGUUCUGUGUCUCGUCCAGUGGAGCUGGUGUG